AUGUGUCACAAACGAUUAACUGACGAUGAAAUUGCAAACUUUUUAUUAGUUGGUGAUUUGUCAGACAUUGAGGAGCUGGAUGAAGGGUUUGAAGUUAAUGUAGAUAAUUUAGAUGAAGUACUUGAAUUAAUGACAGAGGAAGAGGAUAUUCAAGAAAUACAACCUCCUAAUAACCCACUUCCAGAUAUACUAGAACUAGUCUUUUUACAAGAAAAUGAAAACGAUAACGAUCUCGAGUAUGACUGGAGUAAUAUUCCUUUAGGAUACUCUAAUUGGACUAAUAACACUUGGACUACAUCAUACCCAACUUGCACUUCCUCAUUACCAGACCCCCCUAUAGAAAAUCUAUCUCCACUUCAAUAUUUUAAUAUUAAUACAAAUAUAUCAGAAAUGGAGCAGUGUAUAGGUAUUCAUUUUUACAUGAGCAUUGUAAAAAUGCCAAGUUACAGAAUGUUUUGGUCAAGACAAACUACAUUUACUAUGAUUUCUGAUACCAUGUCCCGCAACAGAUUCGAUAAAUUGCGCACAUAUUUUCACUUGAACAACAAUGAUAAUAUUGUGCCCAGGGAUAAUGUUAACCAUGAUAAAUUAUUUAAAGUUCGCCCAUUUAUUGAGGCUGUAAGAAAUAACUUUAAAAAAAUUAAAAUCGAAAAAUAUAGUGCGAUUGAUGAAAUUAUAAUACCAUUUAAAGGUCGAUCAAAACUAAAACAGUACAUCAAAAAUAAACCUCAUAAAUGGGGCAUUAAAAUGUUUUCUAUUGCAUCAAAAAGUGGAAUUGUUCAUGAUUUCGAGAUAUAUGUGGGAAAAGGCACAAUUCAAGAAUCACAUAUGGGUCUUGGUUUAAGUGGUGACAUUGUUAUGAGACUGUUGGAUUGUGUUCCUAAAUUUGAAAACCAUAAGGAAGCAUUUGAUAAUUGGUUUAAUUCUUAUGCUCUCCAAUGUCGUUCAAAUUUUGCUGGAACACAGUGUAUUGGAACAGUCAGGGCAAACAGAACAGGAAACUGCAAGUUUACAAGUGAUGGAAAUAUGAAGGUAAAAGGACGUGGAACAUAUGAAUAUAAAGUUGACACCACAAACAAUAUUUUUGGAUGCAAGUGGUUUGAUAAUAAAUUUGUACACAUGUUAUCUAAUUACAUGGGUGCUGAACCAACUGAUAUUGUACAAAGGUGGAGUGUAUCAAGUAAAAAAUAUGUUCCUGUUGUAAGGCCAGCAUGCAUCAAAGGAUAUAACAAUUUCAUGGGGACAAUAGAUUUACAUAACAUGUUAGUAGAACUCUAUAGAACAGAAAAUAAAGUAAAGCGUUAUUAUUUGAGAAUUGUACAUAAUCUGUUGGACAUGUGUGCUGUGAAUGCAUGGUUAUUGUAUAGGCGUCACUGUAAACAAUUAAAUAUUGUUAAAUAUAAAAGUAUGUUGCAAUUUAAGUCAGAUAUUGCUGAAGGGCUUUUGCGGGCAGGUAAAGAUAAGUUGAAAAAACAAAAAGGACGUCCAUCACUAAGAACACCUACACCACCAACUAAAAGAAGAAGACUUUUUGCUUCCCGCUCAAGUGAAGACGUUCGGUUUGAUAAUGUUGAUCAUUGGCCGAAUCCCACAGAUGAGAGACAAAGAUAUUUAAAUGCUCAAUGA